AUGCGCCUCCUGCAGCCUCUAGUCGCGCAGAUCCCGCCCUCGUUACCCCUCCACAACGACUACAUCGACAGCAUAUCCCCCAAUCCGCCGGGCCGGAGUCGUCUGGCCUCCAAAUUAAGCGAGGUCGAGCACGUUCUCGAAGCGGAGAACCCAGCGGCAAACGUACAAUACCAUCCUGCAUGA